ACCCAGACACAUGGGGUGCCUUUGUUUGCCUGGGUGAGCAGCCAAGUUGCAGCCCAUCUCCAGCUUCGUACCAGCUGCAGAUCUAAGGCAGCUGACUGGCCUGCCAAGAAAACAACACAUCGAGGACCAGGGAGUGGCUUGUGCUGGUGCUGAAUAAUGAUGAUCGCAGCGCGCUUAUAAAGCGGUGGUGUGGACAGCUCACCACAGAGCUGCUCUUGCAGCAUUGGCCCUCAUCAGAGCAUCACUCCACCUCCUCAGCCAAGGUCCAUUUCCUGCCUGCAUCCUGGUGCAGCCAUGCUGGCCACAGCAGUGCGGCUCUCGGUCCUGUUCAGCCUCCUUGGCUUUGGGAAAUGCCAGAUGUUUCACAUGGGACCAUGCCCAGACCCAGCAGUCCAAGAAGACUUCGAUAUCAACCAGUAUUUAGGCAAAUGGUACGAGAUAGAGAAGCUGCCCUCAGGUUUCGAGAAAGGAAGCUGCAUCCAGGCUAAUUACUCACUGAAGGAAAAUGGGAAGUUCAAGGUGAUCAACAAGGAGUUGCUCUCCAAUGGCAAAGUCAAUGAGGUUGAAGGAGAAAUCAUGCACAUGGAUGUAAAGGAGCCGGCCAAGCUGGGUGUCCGCUUUAACUGGUUCAUGCCUUCAGCCCCUUACUGGGUCAUCUCCACUGACUAUGAAAACUACUCUCUGGUUUACUCCUGCACCAACAUUCUCUGGCUCUUCCACAUGGACUAUGCCUGGAUUUUAUCAAGAGCUCCAGACAUGCACCCAGAAACCGUGGAGCACCUGAAGAGUGUUCUCCAGUCCUACAAGAUCGACACUGAGAAAAUGAUGCCCACGGAUCAACUUAACUGCCCUUCUGAGAUGUAACUCCGGCAUGCAGUGACACAGCACCAGACCAGUGAUGAACUUUGUUGCUUCCUGUAUUAUCCAUUAGAAUUUCUCUAUGUAACAGAGAAAUGUAAUCCCUUGCUAACGGUAGUUUGCCAGCCUUGAGUUACGCUUUGCUGUUGUUCUGUCGCUCUUUCCCUUUUUUUCUCACUCUUUCACAGAGUAACUGACUGAUUCAAAGCUAAUGGGUGAAGAAAAGAAACUCUGAAGUGCAAAUGUGAAGCUCUGCUGUUGCUGUGAGUUCUCCUCUGUGUGGAAGGGAAAGGGUAUGAGACAUGAUGUACAAGUAUUAAUCCCAUGAAAAACCUUUCAUCGCACA